CCGUUUCCGCCUUCGUGUCCGGCGGCAAAGGGCGGCAGCGGCGGGGCCAGCCGGGCAGGGAGCCGGGCCGCGGCGUGUGCGCCGCACCGCACCGGGCCGCACCGCACCGGGCCGCACCGCACCGGGCCGCACCGCACCGCCGCCAUGGAGACGCUGUUCCGCCUGCCCUUUGCCGUGCUCGAGUGCCCCAACAUCAAGCUGAAGCGGCCGAGCUGGGUGCACAUGCCCUCGGCCAUGACGGUGUAUGCGCUGGUGGUGGUCUCGUACUUCCUCAUCACCGGAGGGAUUAUCUACGACGUGAUUGUGGAACCUCCCAGCGUGGGGUCGAUGACAGACGAACACGGGCAUCAGAGGCCGGUGGCCUUCCUGGCGUACAGAGUAAAUGGGCAAUACAUAAUGGAAGGGCUCGCAUCCAGCUUCCUCUUCACAAUGGGCGGCCUUGGAUUCAUAAUUCUGGAUCGAUCCAAUGCACCAAAUAUCCCCAAGCUGAAUAGGUUUCUUUUGCUCUUUAUUGGUUUUGUCAGUGUGCUUUUGAGCUUCUUCAUGGCCAGAGUUUUCAUGAGGAUGAAAUUACCGGGUUACUUGAUGGGUUAGUACCUCUUGUGAUGUAUGAAAGCCCGAGCCGAAUUUAGUUCUCUUCACAAAGCAUUUAAGAAGAAGCAGCAAGAAAUGAAUUCCAUAGUCACCGUCAACAGGAAGGAGACCUGGCCAUGAAAAACAGCUAGGGAAAGAGUGCUUUCUCUGCAGACAAACUCUAACUACCAAUGGCUGAUUUGUGGCUUUGAAGCAAUGUUUUCUCAUUUCUGUUUUAGAGCUUUCAAAAAGAACAAGUUACCUAGCUGUGGGGUUUUUUUAUAUCCCAACCUAGUAUGAAAUAGAGAACCUCUCUGUAGCUCUACCUGAAAUGAGUGUUAGCCAUUGGCUUGACAUAUUUUGUUGCAGGUCUGUCUCCUCUUCCCUGUGUGGGACAGUUACAUGCGUGAAUCACAGAAGAAACACCUGAAACAUUUAUUUCAAAGUUAUAAUUAGAAAAUCAUUAACUUUGGGUGCUUUCCAGUCAAAAAUACUAUGUGUCUGAAAUUAUUUCAAAGGCACCUUUUGCCUUGAUAUUAAUGGCCCUUUGUGAGCAAAUCCAGACAUGCACUGAGACAGGCAAACUGUGUGAACGUGCAUUUCUUUUGGAAAAAGUGUAUGAAAGGAGCCAAAUAAAACUUAUUUUCUAUAAAAUUAUUUUAAUUUGA